AUGUGGCUUUAUGUCAUAAUAGGACUUUUAACAGUUGCACUACUCUAUUGAAUAUUUUCUAAAAGGAUUCUAGCACAGCGAGUCUACAAGAUCCAAAACUUUUCGUAUAAAUCUUUUGAUAAUAUUGAAGAGCCUGUAAAUUUUUCUAUUACAACUUAUAAUACCUUGGCUGAUAUGUAUACUCAAUUUCAUAGUUAUGCAAAACCUAAAUAUCGAGAUUUUUCUUAUAGAUUAUCUCUUUUCAAAAGUAUUUUUAAUGAACUAAACUCGGACAAUCUUAAAAAAAACUCACUGUAGACCACUCUGAGAUAAGGCCACCCUGUCUUAUCUCAGAGUGGUUUAAAAAAAUCAAAUUAAAAGUAAAAAAUUUUUAUAAAUUUGCAUCUUUAAAUUUUGGACGAUGAUCAAUGCAAUGUUUUCUCCUUCUUCUUGCCUUUGCUAGGUUGGAUAAUUUGAAGCUUUUUGCGAUUAUCUCUGGCUCUAGACCCUUAAAAGCAGCUUUUUGCCCAUUCAAUAGCACAAAAUCUGUCUGGAGUUUUAUCGGUUCUUCUGUCAAUAUAUUCUUCAAUGUAUUGUUCUUCAUUUCGUCAAGUCUUGCUUUUAAAUCCUCUAAAAUGCUUACAUCUAAUGAUUGAACAUACACAGGAAUAAAAAUAUCUAGAGCAAGAAGAAAGCAACUAAAGCUUUCUUUUCGCUGUCCUUUCUGCGCUGUUCAUGAUUUGUUCUUGCUGAAUUUUCCUUAUCCAUUUUCUAAAAGUAUCAAAAGAUAAUGGCUUAUCUUUGCAAAAUUCUCCAGCUAUCCAGAUUCAUUAAUUCGAUUACUAGCUCUUUCUUUUGUUCUGCAGGGUAUCUCCGUCUCUUAUGGUUGCCUAAGCUGAUCUCUCUUCUUCUCUUUAAAUUUGCCGGAAUUUCUUCCAUUUAUUAUUUAUUAAUAAAAAUGUCCCUGGCCUUUACUCAGAGUGGUAUAUUUUUUUAUAUAUUAUUAGUUGCUUAAAUUUCUGAUCGGCUCCACGAGCCAAUGAUGGAUUUCACGCGUGAAAAUCCAGAAAUUCCACGUGGAAACCCAUUUUUGGCUCAUGGGAGCCGAUCAGAAAUAACGCCAAAAGACUAUAUUAACCACCCUGAGAUAAGGCCACCCAGAAUUUUAGUAAUAAAUAUGGCAUUUUCUUAUUAAAAUAUUAAUUUCUCUUAUAAACAGUAGACCACUCUGAGAUAAGGCCUGGCCUUAUCUCAGAGUGGUCUACAGUGAGGGUUUUUCCGAGCAACCCUUUAAACUCAGACUUUUUUGCUCUUCAAGAGGUAGAUAAGUAUCCAGAAUUCAAAUCUUAUUUUUCCUCAAUUGGAUAUAGGAGCGUUUUUAUUGAAAGAGGCUCAGCAAAGUUUAGAGAUGGUUUAGUUCUUGCAUGAAAAGCAAAUAAGUAUCUUCAAAUAGAAUCCAAGAGGAUUGACUAUAAUAAUCAUUGAAAAUGUCAAACAAAUCGUAGCUAUAAAAGAGAUGGGAUUGGGUUUAUUGCAGUUUUUAAAGAAAAAUUAAGCAAAAGACACUUAAUUCCAUCAAGAAAAAUUUUUUGCUUAUUCAUGAAGUUUUUUUUUAAAAGUUUAUAUUAAUUUUGGAAAAUUAAAUACUUUAAAAGCAUAUGUUUUAUAAUUUAAGCUGUUAAAAUUUAGGAGAACUAGCUAGAGAUCUCCUAUUAUAAUUAUCCGUUAUAUGUCAAAAUAUAUUUAUAAAAAUUUUUAUAUCAAAAUAAUAUUUGCUCACUCAUCUAGGGCGUUUUUUAGAAAAAAAUGGGAUUUUUGAAAUAGUUUUUAUUGCCCGCUGGAUGAAGAGAGCUAGCAAUUGCAUGCACACAUUUUUAUUGGGAUCCGGAGUUUGAAUAUGUGCAAUAUGCUCAAGCUGGGAUCCUAAUUGAUGAACUUAUUAAAUUAAAACACCAAUAUGAUUGUCCUGCAGUAGUUUGUGGGGAUUGCAAUUCAACGCCUUCCUCCAAUGUUGUAAAUCUAUUUUACGGAAAGCUGUGGAAAGCUACUGGGAAUCAAGAAAUAGACCAAGAGUUGGAAUCAUUAGGAAUAAAACCGCAAAUUCAAUUUAGGUCUGCAUAUGAGAGAUAUGAAGGAAAAGAGCAUCCAAAAUUCACAAAUUUUACUGAUAAUUUUAAAGGGUGUAUAGAUUUUGUAUUUCAUACUUAUGAGAUUAAACCUAAAAGAAUUUUAAUGUUGCCAAGUGAAGAGGAAAUAGCAAGAGAAAUAGCGAUCCCUAAUAGAGAGUUUCCAUCAGAUCAUUUACCCUUGAAAGUUGAGUUUAGCUUUAUUGAAUAA